UCUCCUGACCCGGGCGGCUUUUUGGAUAUCCUUGGUAGUGGUGGUGGCAAACUUUACAUGUAGACUAGAAUAGAAGUUAAGACACAGACAGUUAUCUAUCGACUCGCGACAAUCCUGUUAAAUGUAUCUUACUCCAGCAAUUUGCACUAAAAUCCAUAGAAAGCUGGUUUUCUUUCUUUAGUCUCCCCUCGCCCGGUCUGAAUAUGGAUUCUAGAUAUAUUUUGGAGCAGCCGUCGGUAAGCGCCGGUGGUGUGGAUUUUAACUGCCGCUCCGUGCUCCGCGACAACCGGGUCUCCACGGUGGAGAAAAACGGUCCCAUGCCGGUGUACACAAACGGGCCCGUCUUUUACAAAUUUGUAAUGGACGGCGGCUCAGUAUCGGAGGUUAAAGGACAGCGAACCUCUCCAAAAAGGGACGGACCUUCUCCGGGUGAUCGAAUAUUGUACGACGUUGAAAAAACUGGCCUGGGGGACCAAAAAGACACUAGUUCCUCUGGGGUCUUGAAGAGGGCCAGCCCUACUCACUGCCCAGGCGCAAAUGGGCAGUUCCCAGGUGGCUUCAUGCACUUGGACAUCAGGAAUCCAGGAAAACAUGCUGAGCUGGCCAACAACUUCAGGGCAGCACAAGGGCGGAUCGUACCACUGACAGAGAGACAACCCCUCCCUUCCUCCCACAUCCCCGUCCCCAGAAACAGGAAGCCCUCAGGUCAUGCUGAUAAGGAGGUGAUGGCUGCCACCGUUUUGACCUCACUAUCCACGUCCCCUUUGGUGCUCAACCCUUCCUCUGCAGCCACAGUCCCAGAGCCAGCCAGCAGGGCUUGGAAAGAGAUGUUGUCAGCUAGCUACAGCAGUUCGACCAGUGGCAACUGGAGCUUGGACACCAGCGACCAAUCAGUGCCCUCCACACCGUCCCCGCCUCUUUCCAGUGAUACCAACAAGAACUUCCUGCUCUCUUCCCAGGGUUAUGAUGUCAGUGAGGAUGUCACAGAGAGCACGCACUUCAUGUUUGAGGACCCCAUACCUCGGAAGCGAAAGAACUCCAUGAAGGUGAUGUUCAAGUGCUUAUGGAAGAACUGUGAAAAGGUCCUCAGCACCUCCUCAGGGAUCCAGCGACACGUCCGCACCGUCCACCUGGGGCGAAACAGCGACUCGGACUACAGCGAUGGAGAGGAGGACUUUUACUACUCGGAGAUCGAGGUCAACAUGGACAGCCUAACAGAGGGCUUGUCCAGCCUCACACCCACCUCACCCACCACGUCUGGCCCUCCGCCCAUCUUCCCUCCACCACUCACCGCUGUCCCUCACUCUGAACACAUCAAUAUGAACGAUUCGCAGAGCCAAGCCCCGACACUGCUCAGUCAGUCAGCUCCCUCCACGCUUUGCCACAUCCGCACUGACCACGCCUACCAGGCCACUGCUCCAGUGAGUAUCCCAGUGGGUCCUGAGCUGGCUGGGUUAGGCAAUGGUAAUGGCACCGGGCCUGGAAUUGGGACAGGGAACGGCAUCAGUGUGUCAUGGCAAUCCCCUCCUGUCAUUUUCAAAGGCGUCCCGGGGCCUGUUGCUCACGUCCGGACAGUUAGCAUCGGUGAAAAGCGGCAGCCCACAGCCAGCACACACACCACUGUUAACAAGAACCAUGCUUUAAUAACGCCGGCACCUAAAUCAACACCAGGAACCAGGAAACCCCGUGGGGAGGCAAAGAAGUGCCGGAAGGUGUACGGCAUGGAGAAGAGAGACAUGUGGUGCACAGCCUGCCGCUGGAAAAAAGCCUGUCAGAGAUUCACUGACUAAUCCAGUCCCCUUCCCGUGUCCGUGAGAUGAGCUCUUUCUCACUCGGAGCAAUGGCUGUAGGUGGACUCUUCCACUGAGGAGAAGAGGGGAGAUUUCUUCACGAUGGAGCUCUCAGUGCUGCUUCUUCCAGCAUUACAGGGGGUUCGCCUUCUUUCGUUUCCUUUCCAAACACAAAGAGAAAAUACAAUUGGUGGGUAAAAACAAACCACAAAAAAUCAGCAAGAAAAAAAAGAACUUUACGCAGGUUCGGAGGCUUUUUCUGAGACUGAAACUCAUGAAUAAGGAAAACAUUUAAAUUGGAACCUUCUGAUUUGAUUUUUUGUUUUUCUCUUGCCAUUUUUCACAGCCUCAACUGAAGGCAAUGUUUAAAGACUACAGAUACGCUUUUUGGUAUACUCUGUCAUUUAUUAUAGGAGCAUCAAGUAGUCUACUGUUUAUGGGGUGGAUCAUGACUUUUUGGAGGUUCAAGGGUUAACACCAGAUUUGCUCGGUAAGACCUUUGUAGCAUAUCCAUUUUUCACUGUCACUGUUAAAGUGACCUUAAACCUACCAAAGGCCAAAAGCCUCUUCACUUACAACCAACAAUUUAGGUGUAAGCUAAAUCCUGAAUCUAGCAUCACGGUCUUCUUCAGCCUUACUUGAUAUCGACUUUAUGUUGAAGUACAUAUUGUUCAACAUCUACUACCUGUUCAUUAAGCAACUUCUGUACAGCCAGCUGUACUUCUUGUAAUUUUGCAAAGAUGCACAAAACCCUCACACACAAGUGGUACAGAAGGUUUACCCUUGACUUUCCAAAAUAUUUUUGAGAGAUGUACACAAAAUAUGAAAUAUCUCUUCUUCUCUAUGCUUGUACCCAAGUUAUAUGCACCUUGAAGAUUUAAGAGUAUCAGAGUAUCAAUGAAACCACAGUGUAUGCCUGAAAGAGUAGAUAUCUAUUUCCUAUAUAGAGUUUAUUUUCAGCAAUGACUUGCUGAAGCAAUUAGCAGUUGCACUGUGCAAUCAGCAGGAUUACAGCGCUUAAUAUUGUCUUGCUUUGUGGUUGUCAUUGUCACCAUAAUUAAGGUGAGUUGAAGCAGAAAGGCAAUUUUCUUUUCCUUUGACAGCUGAUGUUCUUAAUGAGAUUGUUUACCACGAUGAAUGAUACAGUGUAUGAAUGAUAGUUGCCCUUUGAAACUUUAACUUAAAGUCUGACUGAUGUAACUUGUGUAUGUAGGGAAAUAACAUAGAGAUUGUAACCCAGCAGUCACUACCUGAUAAUAAGUCAGACAUUUGAAUUCAUUUCUUAGUUUUAAUUGGAGAAGUUACCCAAUAUUUAGUCUUUGUUAUAUCUAUCACUAACCAACAUUGCAACAUUUGUAGACAUUUCAUAGGAACCCUUUAGUUGUUUAACCCUAGAACCCCUAGAAUGGUCUGAAAAGAAUAAAAAGUAAGAAUCAAGUCAGUGCUGAGCAGCAGUGUAGGUAUUCAACUGUAUACUGAUUGAUACAGAAGUGGAGCAACAGUUUAAACAUGUUUCACCAAAGUGAAAGUAAAGAUUUUUAAGUUUAGAAUGGUCCUGUAAUACAAAAUGUCAGUCCUGCUUUCCCAAGCCUAGAUGAAAUAUAGGUGGUAGACUUUUAGACCGUUGUAAUGUUUGGAUAUAUCCCCUUCACCUGUAUUAAAAAAAAAAGAAGAAAAAUCUAUGAAAAUAGCACCCUUUCAUUUUAAAGCCUUUUAUUUAAACUAGUUUGGCAAUUCUAUAUUAUUAUCUAAGAUACACAAUGAUGAAAGAAAAAAUGGCAGUGGUAACCUUACAUUAGCAUUUAAAGGAGCAGUUUUUUUAGGAUUUAGGGGGAUCUAUUAGCAGAAAUGAAGGGGUAUUCAGUUGGUUACAAUCUGCAACCUCACUGCUAGAUGCCACUAACUCCUACGCACUGCUCCUUUUUAGAGAAACUUGGAUUUUUUUUUUUAUAUUUUGAAAAGACACUCCUGUAACACAGGAGUGUUCAUACUAAAGACAAAUACAAGUCAACUAGUUAUUCUUUGAAGGUUACCAGCCUAAAACUGUACCCCUGCAGGGUGAAGUAUAUUUUCAGUAAUGCUCUCUUAUUGGUGAUAAAAAUUAUAAAGGAAAAUACAUAACUACACAUCAGUAGUUCUAGUUAACAACAUUUUUAAGUAAUUCCUAAAUUCAGAGAUCCCCAGAAAAUUAUUCGUAUCAUCAGUAACAUAUAGUCAUUAACUUUCUCUAAGUCGACUUAGUAAAUGAUAAUGAUAAAAGACAAUAAUGAUCUUUUCAAGAUGAUAACUUCUCACGCUUCCCAUGGACUAUAGUCAAGUCAAUUUAUUUAUUUAGCUCAAAAUCUCAAUUUUGCCUCACAGGGCUUAUCAACCUGUGACACCCUCUAUCCUAAGAAAGAAAACUCUAACAGGUAUUUUUCUGUUCUGCUCUUGUGACAGUAGAUGUUCAGUUUGGAAGAGAUUCCCUCUUGUGCUGUUAGCAGCUUUUUGAAUGUAGAUUCUGCUGUGUGUCGUCUACUCUCUAAGCGCUCCUGACACUGACCUGACCACCAUAGCAACCUAUGACACAUGCACAAACACAGUGCCUGUCCUCUCCUACAUGAGCAUAUAUCCUUGACUGAGGUACAGUACGACUUCAGACCUCUGUCGCCAUAGAAACACCUUGUGCUUUCCCCUGUCGCCACCAGGUCACUGUUAAUUGGUGGCUUGAAGUCAAACAUAUUAAGCACACUUGUUAGCUGUAAUAGUGGUAAAACAAUAUCACAGUCAUUUCCCAUUAUUAAACCACCUUUUUGUUUUGAAAAUGAAUGAUCCUGCCUGUAAACCGUUUAUUCCACUGGCAUCCCAGAUAAGCUUCCGGUCGCUUCCGGGCAAAAAUUUCACAAAGUGCCAAUGAAAAGAACAUAAAAAGGAAAAAGGUAUACUGACCUAAUGAAAUUGCACUACGUUGCACUGCGCAAAUGCGUGAUGUUUUUAUACAUGGACAUUUUAUAUACACACAUUUUGAAGUAAAAGGAUUUUCUUAUUUUCCGAGAGGGUGGGAGUGAUAUCAUCACUGCCCGAUAGAAUAAAUGGGGUGUCAGGGAUAGGGGGUUCUGUACCUCUAGGGUCCCCCAUUAAUAGCCUGUCUUGCUCUCUUGUCAGAUUGAUUGUACUAAACAUACUGUCUGUUUUUAGAAGUGUGGUACUGGGAAGUACAGUGUGGUACUUAGGUAGUCAGUCACUUUGCCUUUUCUUUGGAGGAGUGCCAAGGGCCGAAAGCAGCACCUGCCUUGUCUCAGUGAUGGGAUAACACCAGUCUCAGUCUGUGGCUUCACAUUAAUGUCUUGAUAACCGAUGCUUUUACAGUGCUUUAUUGCCUGGAGUUAUCCAUAAAGCCCAUCUUUGUGCUUCCUUUCUUCUUUACAUUUUACUGAGCUGAGGUAGUAACUAUGUAGAUACUGUUAUUAGUGCUGGAUACCACUUUUAAUUCUGUUAUCUCUGGUGUGGUCGUUCAUUGAGUGUCAAAUGCACCCCAUCAGGUCUCUCUCCAUCCUAAGCACUUUCAGAUUCCACCAGCAGGGUUACAGGCAGAUGCUUUUGCUGGUACUAAAUGGGAGUGUUAGCAGGUGUUAAGCUAACAGGUUCCUGUGGUUGCCGCUAUUCCGCCUUAUUUUUUAUUUUAUUUUCUUGAGUUGCACUAAACUGGCCUGUGAAGAUCAAGGCUCAAGUCGUAUCAGUAAGCGCUCGGCUUGUGUCAUUAUGGCCAGAAAGAACUGUGGGUACAAAGUUGCUCUUGUGGACUUUUUGCAAAAAUGCAUUACAACUUUCACCUAUAAAAUGGGAGAUGGAGAUUGACGGUGACUGUUAAUGAGUGUACAGGGGAAGAGAGCAGACACGCAGUGGCGAUAUAAAGAUGGAUUUGCCGUUUCAGGGCUUUCUUGUACAUAAUGCAACAUAAAAAGAACCAUGAGGCUUUUUCAUAUAUUGUUGUUUUCGUUGUUGUUUUUCUUGUUAUAUGAAAAGUUAACUUUUUUCUUUUUUUUACAGUAUAGUUGCUCAGACUAUUUUCUUUCAGACAUUUUUUCGUCGAUUUGAGAAGCUAUACUGAACAUAACACGUAAAAGAUUCUAUGUAUAUUGUAGCUUGGAGGCAAAGGGGAGAAAAAAAAACCUGUUGAAUGUAAAACUUAUAAAAACAAGUCUUUUUGUUGUUAUAAUUGCUGGCUAGUUCGUACUGCCUGUAGUGAACCUGUAGCGCGUCUUGAUUUUGGUAUCCACGUUUUAACACCCACAGCUGUCGCCACACUGCUAUGUCAUGACUAGCAACUAUGCAGUAUUGCUUUACUAUCUUACUUUGUGCAAUGAGAUGCUUUUAUAAUGGAACAAGAACUAACUUGAGCUUUUUGGUGACAUCUGGGCUACUUACUCACACGCUUUCUGUUCCUAUUUUGUCUUUCUCCCUGCCAAAUAGAAAUGUUUCUGAAUAUGUGUGGUUAUCAUGGUGGUGGAUGUUGUUUGUGGUUGUGACGUGAAGUUGAUGUUAGGCAGGAUAACCUUCAAACGUUAACCUUGUGGGAAUCUUUAUCCUGCCCUGCACAUUCCAACCAACAGCACGCUUUUAGUGUCUUCCACUUGUUUCCUACUAGACAUAUCCUUCCCAUUUCCUUUUCACUACAGUGAUUCUUCUCUGAUCACCUUGUCCUUUUUACCAUUUCCUGUUCUUGUCCUAUCCAUCUUUACUGUGGUCCCACCCAAGCCUUUACCCAGUAUAUUAAGCUAAACUAAACCCUUGAAAUGUGCAUCAAAUAAAGCCUUCAUUUUAUAUUUCCUAUGUUUGUCAAAAUGUAUGUGCCGUUUUCUUGAAUGUCAGUUUUCGUUUGUGCGUAAACCAGCAGCAGCAAAGCCAAUAGAUCUCUUUCCAAAUCAAAUGUAAUGUAUUACAUUGCAAUGGCAGCUCCUCUCAAUUCUCUGCUUCUUCUACUGUGGGGUUAUUGUUUGUCUGGGCUUUUACCCCUCUGUUUGUCAGAUCUCUCAUUCGAUUACCUUUUUUUUCUCCAGUUAUGUUUUUACAGAGCCUUACACUGGCUGGUGUGAAAACUGACUUUUGCUUUUUUUUGUUUUCUCAUUGAUUGAUUGAUUGAUUGAUUGAUUGAUUGAUUUUUCUGGUUGAGUUUGAGGUUGUAUUGCAUGUCUAGCAUUGCUCAUUUUUUUGUUCUUUUUUUUUGUUAGCAGAUACAACACUGAAGGGUUUUAUGUGUCAGAUUUCCCCUUUCAGUAACUGAUAGCCCAAGGCUGAUGUAGUUUGUUUUCCUCUAAAUGUAAAAAUGCUCAUUGCAGCCUGACAAACACAAACACAAAGCUAAAAGAGCUUUUGAGGGAAAUGUAACGCCAGCCUCGGGUCUUCACUGGAGGGCAAGAUUUCUCCUGUGUGUGGGCUCGGCCUCUGGUCUUCAUCAGCAGUCCCACGCACACGGAGGAAGCACUUUCUGAGGAGUGGUGCACUCAAAGAGUAUUUGUGUGAAUGUCAAGCCUAUGACUAGUGCUUGAAAAGAUGGAUGACCAUGUAUGAUGCUGAUAAUGUGAUCUAUGUGAUGUAAUGUGACAGAAAGAAAAUAAACCUGAAUGGAAGAA